GUAACGGUCACUUUGACUCUUUUUUCAAAGUAAUAAACCCCUUUCCCACCCUUUGUCCUAAAAGCCUCUCUUACCUAUUUUCUUGACCGUUUCAAUCCAAACGCUCCUUUGUCUUCAUGAGGGUUCUUGGCUAAUACCCUUCACUUCUUUCUCCACCAUUUUAUUGGCUGGAAGAGAUAUACAUUCAUUACCCUUUCUUGAAUCCAAGAUUUGAAGGUUUUUUCCUGCCUCAAUGGGUUGUUUUCUUGGGUGUUUUGGUGGUGAUAAAGACAAGAAACGUCGCAAAAACAGGAAAAAAGUCAUCCCUCGAGACCAAUUGUUUACACAUUUCCCAGUUUUGGAUUUCUUGGAAAGUGAAUUUUUGAGCAAGAUUACAGCUUUAGUCAUAAUUUUGGGUUGGGAUUUAGUUGUUGAUGAUGAAAUGUUCUUGAUUAGUAAACAUGUUUGUCAGGAGCCUCAGAGAAGCAUCAUCUCUACGGAACAAAGUAUCACAGAGGAACCCUCUGGGAACUUGGUUCUUGGAAGCGCGUGUAGUGAUAAGCCUGAGGAGCAACUAAGCUUGAGUGCUAGGAAAAAAGUUACCUUUGAUUCAAAGGUCACUACAUAUGAACCUGUUGUUUCAGUCUAUGAAAGUACAGAUUCUUUACCUGAAACCAAGAAAUUUGGUGAAGACGAAAGGGAUGAGGGGGAAUCCAUUGCUAAAUCAAGCCAGUCCAACUCUUCUUCUGAAGAGGGUUCUGUCAUAUCUAGUGUUGGAUCAUAUCCUCCAAACCACAGGUAUCAGAACUGCAGAGACAGUGAUGAUGAAGCUGAGGAAUUUGGUGACAGUGACUUGGAUGAAGAAUCUGGUCUGGACGAUGAUAAUGAUGAAGACUACGCGGAUUCUGAUUAUGAAGAUGAAUUUGUAGGUCAUAAAGUGAAUGAACAGGAAGUGGAUAGUCCUACUUUGAUGUUCGAGAAGGAAACGAGAAAGGGUGAAACAAAAAGAUAUGUGAGAGAUAGGAGUGCUUAUAUACAUCCUGUGUUGAAUCCUGUAGAGAACCUAACUCAGUGGAAAACUAUUAAAUCAAAAGCAGCAGAACCCUUGAAGCUGCAGCCACAGAAGGAAAAUCUUGCCGCAGAAGUUGAAGGACCACGUGCUUCGUUCAGUUUAGAACCGACAUUUAAGCAAUCAUCGUCGAGUUUCAAGACAAAGCCUGAGGAUCAAGACAUUGGGGUUGAUGCUAGUCUCUCCAAUUGGUUGGUUACACCAGAAAAGAGCAUGUCACAAGGUUCUAAUAAAUCUGUGAUGAGCUUUGAAGACAGACCAAUUUUAGGUGCCUUGACGGUUGAGGAACUGAAACAGCACUCAGCAACUUCCUCCCCGAGGAAAUCACCCUGUCGGAGUCCUGAUGAGAUGCCUAUUAUAGGAACUGUUGGUACCUACUGGAAUCCCUUAGGAUCUGCAAAUGAUUCCGGAUCAGCUUCUUCUUUUAAAGGCAUACCAAACUCCACCAGCAAGUACAGAGAGGAUAAGAGAGUUAAUUGGCACUCUACUCCAUUUGAGGCAAGAUUGGACCGAGCUUUGAAACAAGGUGCCGCAUAAGCCUCUAUAGCUUGAUUGGUUAUUGUAUAUCUAAACUGGCACCAGCUGUUUGUGAAGCGAGUGAGACUCUUGUUGUUACUAGUCUGUGUGCUUACAUUCUAUAUGGUUCAUGGAUUUUUGUUGUAGUGUGUGUGAAUUAUGGGAAAACUGUUUGUUGUAAUUUUUUGUAACUAUGAUAAGUGGUGAUGGCAGUGAAUUUAUUUA